ACCCCGCACACAUGCCACACGCACCGCUGCACACACGCACCUAGGAACACGCGGGCACACACAGGCACGCACGCACGGUAGCGGCAGCCCCCAGGAGGGCACACACGCGCGAACGCAGACACGCGCGCACACACACACGCACACACGCACACACACACACACACACACGCAAGCAGAGCCCCUGGACACGCGCGCAUGCCGGAACGACGGGAUCACAAACGGAGACGGGCUGGGAAGAGAUAAGGGAAGCGUCGGGAAGGAGGAACGCGCGAACGCCGUCCGUCGGAUCGGGGGAUCUGGAGCCCAGGGAGCGGAUCCGUCUCCGCUGGGAAAACCCCCCCCCCCUCGGCUCUCCCACUCCCACAUGACGCCGGAACAUCUCCAAGGAUUAAAGUUCACACCUGCAGCGGAGAUCGCUCAACUCCCCCUUUUCCCUCUCUCCUUUCCCACUUCUCCCUCUUCAGCCGAGGUUGUCGGCGGCAACGGAAGACUCUCCAGCUCUCCGCUCUGAGGAUCUAACAUUUUUUUCUGUCGUUUUUUUUUUUUUUUUUUUUGGUGUUUGUUUUUUUUUUUUAAAUCUGGUGAAGCUCCAAAACGUAGCCCGGUGUUUGGGGGGACACGGAUUUUGGGAGACGGGAUUUCCCGGCACAGGGGACUGAUCUCCGCUCUCCCCCCGGUGAGGAGGCUGGGGCGUGGGGUGGCACUGCGCCGAGGCAGCCCGAUGCCAGUCCUGAUCUAGGGCAGCAUUAACGCAGGACGGUCCGAAAUGCAGCUCCUCGCCGCGCCCCCCAAGAGGAGCCGAGGCGGGAGGACUCAGAGCAGCGCCGCUCUGCUGUGGUUCCUGUGGGCCCUGGCGGCGGUGCUGGGGCGGGGGAGCGGCUGCCCGUCCGUCUGCGCGUGCAACGGCACGGUGGCGGACUGCAGCGGGCGCGGCCUCCUGGCCGUGCCCGCCCUGAGCCUGUCCCCCGGGCACAGCGCCCUCCUGCUGCCCAACAACCGGCUGAGCGUCCUCCCGCCCGACGCCUUCGCCAACGCCACCUCCCUGGAGCGCCUGGACCUCUCCAACAACUUCCUGGACAACCUCCCCGCCGCGCUCUUCCGCGACAUGGCCAACCUGAGCGAGGUCUCGCUCCGCAACAACAGCCUGACCGUGCUGGACCGCGAGCUGUUCCAGGGCCUGACGCAGCUGCGCAGGCUGGACCUGUCGCUGAACGGGCUGUCCGCCGUGCCGCUGGGCCUGCUGGACGACGCCAGCGGCCUGACCUGGCUCUCGCUGGCCACCAACAGGCUGCACGCCCUGGAGAGGGCCGCCUUCGAGCCGCUGGCCAACCUGCAGUUCCUCCAGCUGGGGGGCAACCCCUGGGAGUGCGACUGCAACCUGCGCGACUUCAAGCACUGGAUCGAGUGGCUGCUGUACAGAGGUGGGCGGUUGGACGCGGUGGAGUGCACGCUGCCCAAGGACCUGCGGGGGCGGGACAUCCGAGGCGUUCCCGUGGAGAUGUUCAACUACUGCCUGCAGCUGGAGGACGAGAACGGGGGCGCCAAGGGGGGGUCCCCGCCCUGCGGCCGGGGAGGGGGGGGCCCCCCGCCCUCGGAGGGGCCCCCCGCGGCGGCGGACGCGGCGGCCCCGGCGCCGGACUGCGUGCGGCAGCGCUACCGGCCCGUGAGCGUGCGCCGGGCCAUCGGCACGGUGGUCAUCGCCGGCGUGGUCUGCGGCAUCGUCUGCAUCAUGAUGGUGGCGGCCGCCGCCUACGGCUGCAUCUACGCCUCGCUCAUGGCCAAGUACCAGCGCGAGCUGAAGAAGAGGCAGCCGCUGAUGGGCGACGGGGACGCCGACGCCGACGGCGAGGAGAAGCAGAUCUCCUCCGUGGCGUAGAGGGGGAGGCGCGGGGACGCCCGCUUUCGCUAACCUCCCCCUCCCCCCCCCCCCCCCGGCUCCGUGGCGUUUCCUCCACCUCCAUUCCUGCCGCCGUGUCAGCGAGGAGCGCGCUCGCGGCACCUCCUUCCUCUCCGGACCCCUCCCCUCCCCUCCCCCUGUCGUCUCUCCUCCUGUGUGUCCCUCCUGAGGAGGUUAGGAGCGCGUCAGGGCACGGACGCCCCCAGGCACCUUUUCGGCUUGCCCGUGGAACAAAGCCGGCGCAGAUGGCCGGCGAGCGAAAAGCGUUGCGCGGAAACAGUGUCUGUGUGCGAACGUGGUGAACUGCGUCUCUGAAGAGCGCCUCCUGCUGGCCACUGACCAUUUGCCCUCAGCCAGGAACAUUCAGACGGUUUCUCUCAAGGGUCCUUACACCCUCUCUGCUACUACAUGCCUUUCCCAAUGGUGACAGACCCCCCCAACCCCACCUCAAACAAGUGGGACUGUUUUUAAAGGGCGGGGAAGGAGCCCUCCAGGGGCCUAUUGCCCUCUGUCCCGCUGUCAGUGACCCUCUGGGCAGCACAAACAGUCCUCCAAACCCUCUUUCAGCUCACAAUAUUGCUCGGCUGUCUCCACAGUGACACUAAUAUCCCCAUUUCUCUCUAUAUUAUACUAUAUCGCUGUAUUAUAUAGAAUGAUAUCAUGUUCUGUAUUUUGUGAUGUGGCCUCUUUUUCAUUUUUCACUAUUGUGUUGUUUUGUUUGUUUGUUUGUUUGUUUGUUGGUUUGCAUCUUAGGUCAUUAUUUAUUAUUUUGAGCAUUUGUUUACAGAAAAUAUUUUAGUUUGGAAGGUAUGAUAUCCCAGUGCAAAUUGUUUUAGAGAUGGGUAGGUUUCUUCAAAGAGAAAACGAACAGUAUACUAAUAUUAAUAUAAUAAUCUUAAUAAUAUUUGUUGUGUGUGCAGUAUUAGCUCUGUCAUUAUCUAGAUCCCAGUCAGUGGAUGCAGGUUUACCUUAUCUGAGUAUAGAGUAGGAGGAAACCCCAAAUAGUUAGUCGCCCAAGGUGUGACCCAUGGGGAACCCCGGAACCUGACGGGUGCCAGAUAGGCAGGAAGGCAGAAAAAGGAGGGAAUAGCAAGGGGAACAUAAUGUUUUCCCACCGCAUAGGGCACCCCGAAAGCCCCAGUCAGAGGGACUACUAUUUUGACAAACAGAAUAAAACAAUGCCUCCGAGUGUUUGCUGGUUGAUAUCCUAAUUUUGUUUGUCAGUCUUUGUUCUCCCCUUUUAGUGUCUAGAGUCUGUCUGAUGUACUUUUUUUUUUUUGCUUUCUUGUCAAAUGCAUUUUCUUGUUGUUUCUCUGAAUGGUAUAGCCAUGCUUAGUUCUGUGUUGAUGGACCAACUUCAGGUGAUCAGGUUUUUUUACAAUGCUGGUGUGGAGCGUGAGCCGUGACAUGAGUGUGAGGAAGGUGACUGUUUAAUUACGGUGUUUGGGUGCACAUCGCCUUCCGGAGGGAAUGUUCCUUCUCUUCUGCUCUUUCCUGGCAGGCUGCCCAGCAGGUCUCUAUCGUUAAAGCAGCAUUUACCAUUUGUUUUUGCGGAAUCCAUUUUAAAACAUUUGAAAAAUAAAAAAUAAUAGUUGUGCAAAUGGCUGAGGAAAUAAAAACACAUAGAGGGCUCUUAGCCUAAAGCACUUCCCAGCAAUAAGUGUUUGCCCAAUUCCCCAGAAACUAGGCUUGGCCCUUGACACAGUACUUUCCAAAAAUUAAGCACAAAAGCGGCUUCCAAGCCUAGCAACAGACAGUAAUAAGCAGAGAGACCCUGCCCUGUGUGGCCCUGAACUGGGAAAGAGCAGGAGAAGGCUGCUGUGGUCACAGACCUCAGCUGAUGUCAGCAGUGGACAGAAGAACAAACACAGGUGGAUUGUGGGAUUGUUCCCUGCCUAGGCAAGAGAUGACAUUGCUUUCUGACCAAAGCUGGGUCAAGACCAUUAGCUCUGUCGAAAGCUUUAAGGAAAAAGCAAUGAGCAAAAAAUAAUAAUAAUGUAAUUGUGACUCUUUUUGUUGAGAGAGAAUUUGAGGUCUUCCAAUGUACAGUAAAUGGCAGUGAAUGGUAGAGGUAGUUAGGUUGGGGUUAGGGGUACUCCGCAGUGCACACUCUCUUGAUUAGCUGUGAAACUGGUGAUAAGUAAACAGACAGCUGUGGACAUCUCUAUCACCCCUAAGCUUUAAGCGAAGACCCUCAGGGCAUGCUUCUGCCCGUCUGCAUCACAGAUAAGCCGUCAGUCACCAUGCCGAUCUCACAGCGAGCCAGGUGAAAUAAGGAGGCUAAACAGGAAGUAUACUCUUACCCGUAAACUGAUGCGGGCAUUACAUUGCCCCCAAUCCACCCCGUAGGAUAUACAUCAGAGGGAGUUUAAAACUGGUUCAAAGAGGCUGCUGGUGGGAGCUUUGAUAUGUCCUUCACUGUCACACACACACACACACACACACAUUUAAACACGCGCACACACGCAAAUAUACAGACCCAUACACACACACACGCGCGCAAAAACACACACGCACAGGUACCAAUUCCCCACGCUGUCUGUGUAAGCAUCACCCGCUCUCCCCCUCGUCAGUGAUUUGCUUUUUGCCAGCUGUCAGAAGCAGAGCCCACAGCUCCCUGGCGGCCGGGUCUACAUUCGCAAGCCAGCGCUGAAAUUCCACAGGCUGGAUUUCUUACUUCGCUCCUUCGACUCAAACACACAGCGGGCGGCGGCAGCGAUUAUCAAACACGGCCGCUAACACCCGUCUCUCGUACCGGCGGCCCUAUAAAACACCCUGGCGCAUUCCGUCUUCACGACGAUGCACUUGGGUAAUUACAACCGUCUAAUGUUUGAGUUAGGCCUCUAUAAAUGCCAGUCCAAUAAUGAAUGUGGGCAUUCACAAUGCCCAACUGUCCCGAUGCGGCUAGGAAAUUAGGAAUAAAAAAAUAAAAAAAAGCACAGCUUACGAUAGAAGAGGACUGCUGCAUAGAACUAAUGGUGGAAGAAAGCAGACGCAACCCAAAUUAAAUGAUUUAUAUUGGCUCUCAGGAAAUAGCAAAUAUAUCAGCAAAUAAUUUUGUGAGGUUUUGUCGGUUGAAUCUAAGAAAUGUUUUGUUUUUGUUGGCUGAACAAUCAAACAAAUUAUCCGGUUGAUAUACCCUCUUGUGACUCCAGUAUACUGGAUAUUUUAGUUGGGUAAAAUAUAGCAGGAGAUAAUUAUAGGUCGCAAUUAUUUGAAUUCAGUGCUGCUGCCUUUAUAUGAAUAUGUAAAGAGGCUCAAUUGGUUUUUAUUUGUUUAAUAUUAGCUUUAAAACUACUCUCUCUGUGUGAAACAGUGUCACCUAGAGGUACUAAUGAGAAUAGCACAAACAACAGCACACCAAGGCAGAAGGGGACAGGCUUAAUAAGGAUUGUUGUGAAUUUGUGGUAAAAAUCUGAUAAAAGAAAUUAAAUGGAUACAAUAAAAAUACAACCAAAAUAACAAUUAGCUAAAGAGGAAUCGGAAGUGAUCAGAAUGACAUUAAACAUCCCAUUCUGAUACAUGUAAACAUGGAAGAUUUGUUCAUAUUUUCCAAUGCUACAUGGGUUUUCAAUGUAUGUGUCCAAAAUAUUGGAACUCAUCCUUACCAAUAACUAGGACAAUGGCCGAACAGCCCCAUAUGUAAACAUUUUAUAGCAUACAUGUUCUACGUUUCUGUGAAAAGUGUGUCUAUGUGUGUCUUGGUAUCUUAUAACAUAUGCUACAAUCAUAUUUACCAAGUAAAGUAGAAUGUGUAGAAAUGUUUUAGGCAGUACCUUAUUUUUAAAAUUAUGAUUAUUAACAAUAUUAUUAUACAAUAGUAUUAACUAAAACCCAGAGAGUGACUAUGUGCAGAACCCUAUACCAUUCUACCAUUCGUCUUGUUGCCCUUAUGAAAUAACAACCGUAAGAAUACUUUUGUAGAUUGUCAUUGUCACUGAAAUGGCCCUACCAUGUGUAUUUCCUCUAUGAUUAUGGAGAUAAUGAGUGUACAAGCUAUUAUAAUUAUCAGAGAAUGAAAAACAAAUCAUGGAAUUACGAGUGGUUCAACGGCGUCAAUGUUUGGAAGAAAAAAAAGCACUUUACGAACGCAAAAGAAGCUAUUAAUGGUACAAACUGUCACGCUUUCCCGACAAUUUAGUAAACAAGCAAAUUGCGAGAGCAGCCUAUUACAAUAAACUAAUGAAUACAUUGAAGAAACGUAACAUUUUAAAAAGGUCUCCAUCUAUCAAAACCCAACUAAUGCAUCUCAACUUACAGCAAAUGUGAAGUGCACCGCGUCUUCACUACACCCGCCCGUUGGCCACUUAGGGCCAGAUUUACUAAGGCCUCCAGCGCAAGCGAGACAUUUUAGCGCACGGAAAACUAAUAACACCGCCAAUCAUCAGUCAUGUUAUUGGUUUUGCAUGCGCUAACAGGUUUUGCGCACGCUAAAGGUCCGAGCAAAUCAGGCUCUUAGUGCACCAAACACCUCCAAUUUCCUCUGCUAAUAUGGAUAAAUAUAGCUGGGUGGAGAAGGAUUGCUGCUCUUGGCUGGGCAGACAGAAAAGCUGGCCCUUUUUUAAGCGGGCUCCGAGUUUCCUUUACUAGGCUACUUCAUCACGUAUUUAUUUAACUAUUUAUUAAUUUAUUUAUUUAUCUGUUUUUCUAAAAAAAAAAAAAAAUUGUUAUAAAGAAAUUAUAUGGGAUGAAAUAAAAAUGCUUCUUUAUUUUUUGCUCAAAAUUACAAAGCUGUUUGAAAUACUAUUUGUGGGUUGUGGAUUAAGAUCUGUCGAAAAAAACAAUAAAGAAUGUAUUUCCUUAAA